AAAUUGUGUUGUACGUGCUGUGUUGCCAGUGUUCUCUCGUGUUGUCGUUGGUUACGUGUGUAAAAGUAUUUUGGACAUGAGGAGUGUGGCAAAGCUCAAGUGUGGUGUGCGGUAAGAGUAAAGCCAGCCGGAAUUGUAAUAGGAAUACUCGCUCACGUCUUUUAAGCAAACUGCUAUCGACGUUUAGCGUUAGCUUUGUAAGCUCAACUGGGGGGACUGGGUUAACGUAACGCUAUCUUUGAACCGUACUAAAUACGGUAAGAAGGGUUACUAACUUUAGUUGGCUAAAUGGCGAGCUGGCUGUUAGUGUUGUUUUUUUGACUUGGUUGAGAAAACACUCCACUUGAAAAGUAAUAUCUUCGAGUUAUAAACGGGUCCCCAACAGCUCGCUAGGUAACGUUAGAGCAGGUCACCUUCCAUUGCAGCUGGGUGUGCACGCCUUCUUUUACCUCCCCGACUUCUGUGAAUGGACAAUAAUAACUGAAUCUGACCAGAGGAGUGACAUAUGACCCCGUAUGGCAUCUACGUAACAGCCGAGCCGUCAUUCAAAGCGUCUAUUUGGACAUGUAAUUGAGUUCAUGGUCGUGUGUCCGCUUACGAGAAUGACUCGCCGCUCGGUGGUAAAGUUUGUGUGCCUUGGCAGUCGAGCUGUCAGCCUGCUGUGUGGAAACUCCCUUCGCCCCGUUCACACUUCAAUAUGCAGCGUCUCAUCGCAUCAAAAAGCUGGCUUCAAACCGGGGAAAGUAGCAGUGGUUACAAAGACUACGCGAUAUGAGUUUGAACUGCAGCGGUAUCGCUAUGCAGGGCUCUCUGAAGAGGACUUAAAACAGCUGCUUGCCAUGAAGGGUUCCAGCUACAGCGGCCUGCUGGAAAGACACAACAUCCACACUAACAAUGUGGAACACAUUGUGAAGAGCCUGAGGGGGGAAGGCAUUGAGGUACAAGUUGUGAAGAGAGGAGAAUAUGAUGAAGAAGUAGUUCGAUGGGCAGACGCCAUUAUCUCUGCUGGAGGUGAUGGGACAAUGCUACUUGUUGCCAGUAAGGUUUUAAGCAAGGACAAACCAGUUGUUGGAGUUAAUACCGACCCUGAGAGGUCAGAAGGUCAUCUGUGCUUGCCUGUGCGGUACACUCGUGUCUUCCCAGAGGCACUGAAGAAACUCUGUCGUGGUGAGUUCAGGUGGCUGUGGCGUCAGAGGAUCCGUGUGCACUUAGAGGGCACAGGAAUCAAUCCCACCCCUGUGGACCUGCACGAGCAGCAGCUGAGCCUGGAGCAGCACAGUCAAGCUCACCGCAUCACCACCAUGGGCAGGAAGCAGAGGACAGGAACACUCCACGACAGCUUCUCCAAACCAAGUCUCCUCCCGAUCAGAAGCCUGAAUGAAAUCUUUAUCGGAGAAUCUCUGUCCUCCAGGGCUUCCUACUAUGAGAUCUCUGUGGAUGACGGCCCGUGGGAAAAGCAGAAGAGUUCAGGACUCAGCAUUUGUACAGGAACAGGAUCCAAAGCCUGGUCGUAUAACAUCAACAAACUUGUUGAACAAUCCGUGGAGGAGGUUCUAAAAAUCGGGAAGUCUCAAACCGGUUUUGAUAUCCCGCUUAAUCGUGACUUCAUUGAAAAAGUUACUGAUGAAUACAACGAGUCCUUGGUGUUCAGUCCGGAUGAGAGACGUUUGUUCUACAGCAUCAGGGAGCCCAUCGUCAACAGAGUCUUCUCCAGCAGUCGACAGAGAGGCUUCGCCAGCAAGGUGUCUGUCCGCUCACGGUGUUGGGACGCCUGCAUGGUGGUCGACGGCGGGACUUCGUUCGAGUUCAACGACGGCGCCAUCGCCACCAUCAGCAUGAGCGAGGAGGACCAGCUCCGCACCGUCGAUCUGGAAAACUGAGUGGAGUCCAGAGAACCAGUCCACUAGGCCGGUGUCUCUCAGACCAGCUGUUUAAAGGGAAGUUCACCUUCUAGUCUCCACAAGUGUUGUGUUUUUUAUACCUGGGGGGG